AUGUUCCAUGGCAUUCGGAUAGGAGACUUUGUGAUUUUCUCAUUUUUAGUCUGUUUCCGUGUGUGGAACGCUUUAUCUAUCAAAACCUUCUUUCAAGCUGACGAAUAUUGGCAAACUUUAGAACCUGCUCACUGGCUUGUGUUUGGUUAUGGAUACUUGACAUGGGAGUGGACAAUUCAACUUCGAAGCUUUGUCUAUCCGUCACUUUUUGUUCCUGUCUACUGGCUGUGCGACCACUAUGAUGCUUCAUAUUGGUGGAUCUUGAACGGUCCAAAAAUCCUUCAGGGAUUUAUGUGUGCUGUCGGGGAAUACUACCUGUUCAAAUUGACUCAAAAAUUGUUUAAAGAUGUGAAUUUUGCCAAAUUGGUCUUGGUAUUAAGUGUCUUGUCUCCAUUCAAUUACUACUGUUAUACGAGGACGUUUUCCAACUCUUUUGAGACAGUUUUAACCGUCAUCGCCAUGUACUAUUGGCCGUCUGAGCUAACAUUCCUUUCUGUUAAUGAGUUCAACAUCGGCCAGUUUAUAUCCGCGUUAUUGGUCGCAGGAAUAUCUUGCUUCUCUAGACCAACUAGUGCAAUAAUAUGGUCGUACAUGGGCUCCGUUCUGCUUUACAGAAGUAUUUACUCGUUUAAGUUGGCCGGAAUUAUCUGCAUCACUGCGUUUGGAUGUAUGCUUGUUGCUACAAUACUCAACACCAUUAUGGACUACUUUUUUUUCAACCAAAUUUGCUUCCCUCUUUACAAUUUUGUUCAAUUCAACUUUGUCAAAGGUCUGGCUUCCUUCUACGGUGCUUCCAACUGGAUGUUCUAUAUUGUACAAGGUAUACCAAUCAUCAUGUUAACAAAUUUGCCAUUUUUUAUAGUCGGACUGGCUACAUAUAAGACAAAAACUACCCACAGAAACGUUCAAAUAUUGAAUCAUUUACUCAUCAUGGGAGGAAUAUAUUUGCUCAUAUUUUCUUGUAUCGUCCACAAGGAGUUCCGGUUCAUAUAUCCCCUCAAACCAUUCAUGCUAAUAUUCACUGCAUUAGGCGUUCAGCAUUCCUUAAAUUCCAAAUUUGAAAGAACCACAAAAAUAGUCAUACCAUUGUUGAUUGCUCUGAGUGCCUUUCUUGCAUAUUAUUUCACUCAAAUCCAUGAAUCAGGGGUCAUUGAAAUAACAGAGCUUUUAAGAAAUGCAAUUUUAACGAACAAGUCUCUCCACAAUCCCACCUCAGUAGGAUUCUUCACUCCCUGUCAUUCGACACCAUUUCAGUCUCAUUUCCAUUUGUCCCCAAAAGAGGCAGACAUUUGGUUUUUAACUUGUGAACCCCCUCUUCAUCUUUCAGACACUGUACUGUUGGCACACUAUAGGGACGAGAGUGAUGAGUUCUAUGACGAUUUUGAAAAAUUCAUGCUGGAAAAUUUUGAUCCCAUCAGUGACUACCAUAAUAAGCUUUCUCAAGUUAGAAACUCACCAGAAAAUUCGACAGGGAAUUACCCCCACCAAUGGCCAGAUUAUUUAGUCAUCUUUGAGCAUCUAGAGGCUACUAUGGAUACAUGGUUGGCAGAUACUGCCUACACUAAAUGGAACCGAUUAUUCAACUCAAGAUUCCAUUGGGAUCACCGAAGAACAGGGGACUUAAUCAUAUAUAAACAAAAUACGUAA